CACUUUAUUUCUCUUAACAGUUAUCCCGGCGGGUGGACCAGCGAACGAAUAAUAUGAACGCUUUGGAAGACUAUUUGAAUGCUCUGAGUUUGAAUGGUACAAACACGCCGAGAUCGAGAUACUUUGUUAAUAGGAGUCCAUCAGCACUUAACAAGAGGAGUUAUAGAAGACUAGGAAGGGCUGGAUCAUAUAGUGGAUCGAGGAUAAACAAUGCUUUCAUGGCCAAAAUUGAGGAUGAGAGGGCACGGGUGCAGUGCCAACCUCGCGACCGUGUGGUGGACUCUUAUGAAGAGUUAGGCAUCCCCAGAGGGUAUGGCGACUUCCUGUUACCGGAGUGCAUUGUGGUCCGUCGUUGCAAGCAAGGAGGAUGCUGUGGGGACGACCAAGAAUGCGUGCCGUCAAGGACGACAAAUGUCACCAUGAAUUUCUUACAAGUGAGACAGCAGAUCCCCAUCGAGAUCGUUCACGAAACCGUACACGACCUCGAGUGCGAGUGCCAGGACAAGCCAUCCUUCUGCCCCGAACCGGUCGUCGACUGCCCCGAUGACAAGGUGUGGUCCUACAGCGAAUGCACCUGCAAGUGCCGCAACAGGUGUCCAAAGCCGUUCUUGCAGGACGAGGACACCUGCGGCUGCGAUUGCCUGAGCCAGGACCGACAUUGCAAGAACAUCUACAAAGGAAGGCGGAACGGGAAACUGUCGCAGGAAGAAUGCGAUUGUGUUCGGAAAGGUCUGUGCGGUAAGCCACCAUGUAUCAACGGAGCAUUCUCGAUAUCCGACUGUAAAUGCAUUAAUUCAAAUAGCUGAGAGGAGUUCCUGGCUAUCAACCGAUUAGAACAGUUCACUUCAAGUUUAGAGAGACAAGACUCUUACUAUUCAUGCUGAAAC